GUGAGAGAAAGCGGAGGUGAGAGGAGGGCGAUGGGGAAGAGGCUGGGGUUCCCCGUGGAGUUGGUCAUGUGUUCCACGUGCUCCGGUUUUGUGAUCAGGAAGGAGCCUACCGCCAUUCCCGAUCCUAACGAGGAGGUUGUGGAGGUGCUGAGGGAAGCCGAGAAGAUGCGGGACUUGAUGAAGGCGGUCCUGCUGCACGGGCCCUUGCAGGAGAAGGAGCCGGCUGAGGCGACGAAGAAGCAGUGGCAGGUUCUGCGGAGGAGGAGGAUGAUUAUGAUGGAGACAAAGAGGUGCCCGGCUUGCUCCCGUUCGCUGUUAGAUAUGUGCCCGUCUUGCUCUCGUAGGCUGUCAGAGAAGCCCGGGCCCGAUGAGGAGGACAAGGCGGCCGGAUCGAAGGAGAAGAAGAAGAGCUCGAGGGAGGAGGGCAGCGAGUUGAUGGCUGUCCUUCCGUCUCAGGGCGGGAAGGAAUCCAAGAAGAUUGCGACGGAGGACGAGGCGAUGGUGGCGAACGCCAGAUCGGUGAAGACGACGAAGCGAUCUAGGGAGGAGGGCAAGAGAUCUAGCAGCGGAUUGAAGAAGAAGAAGAAGAAAAAGAAGGCGAAGACCGAGGAUAAGGAGGGCAAGAGAUCUAGCAGCGAAUUGAAGAAGAAGAAGGCUAAGAGCGAGGAUAAGGAGGGCAGCGGAUCAAAGAUUAAGGCUAUGAGAUCGAGCGAGAUGGAGGGCAGCAAUUCGAAGGAGGCGGAGACGGAGGGCAGCGGAUCAGCCGGCGGGAAUAGGAAGACUAAGAUGGUGACUACGAGGUUGGACAAGACGUACAUUGAUAUUUUUUUGAAGGAUCGGCCCCAUGCCAUGCCUUUGACCUACGCUACCCCGAAUCCCAUCAUCAAUAGCAUGUUUGAUAGAAAAAUCGCAUUAUAUGAGGUUGAUUGUGAGUUCCGUGAGUACUUGCGCCGCCAGUCCAUCAUCCGCGGGUAUGCUGAGGUGCAGCGAGAGGUCGCCGAUGACGAAGACGAAUGACCACAGGUUGGUGUAGCAGUAUUGUCAUGUGUGGUUGGUGUGGUAACGAGUUAAGACUGCCUGGCAUGAUAAUAAUUUUAGUACAAGUGAUGAACAUUUUGGUUUGUUUCAGAAAUAUUCAGCUUUGUUAGCUUGUACUAGUAGUAUUUAAGUUGUAAAAGUGCUAUCUUUUGUGUGUGACCUAGCAUAUCACCCUGGUGUCAUUGUCAUAUGAGUACCUUGCUACUGAUGUUCUUCUCACACUUAAGACUUGUAGAGUUGAUAUAUAUUUUCCUAGAACUCGAUCCAGAUGUUAUUUAAA